AUGUUCGCGAGAUCUGCUUUCAGGCUCUCACAGCCUGCGCGCCAGAGCUUUCGCAAAUACUCGACCGAAGCGCCGGCCAAGGGAAAUGGCCUGACCAACAUCGCCUUUGUCGUCGGUGCCAUUGGCGUCGGCACGGGCGUGUACAGGUACAUGCAGAACAAGCCCGCUGCUGCCGAAGAGAUCAAGCAACGCGAGAAGGUGUUCACUGGCGGCGAGCAAGGGUUUAUCGACCUGAAGCUCAGCGAGAUUGAGAUCCUGAGCAACAAUACCAAGCGAUACCGAUUCGAAUUCCCGGACAAGGAGGCUGUUUCUGGUCUGCAUGUCGCCUCUGCCUUGAUCACCAAGUAUGUUCCCCCAGAGGGCAAGCCUAUUAUCCGCCCGUACACACCUGUCUCGGAUGAGGACACACCCGGAUAUCUGGACCUCGUGGUCAAGCGCUACCCUGAGGGAAAGAUGUCUUCGCAUCUGGAUAGCAUGGCUGUCGGCCAGCGUCUCAACUUCAAGGGACCCAUCCCCAAGUACCCCUGGGAAGCCAACAAGCACAACCACAUUGGACUGGUGGCCGGCGGCACUGGCAUCACGCCCAUGUACCAAUUGCUCCGGGCCAUCUUCAACAACCCCGAGGACAAGACCAAGGUUACGCUGGUGUACGGAAACGUGACCGAGGACGACAUCCUGCUCAAGAAGGAGCUCCAGGACUUGGAGAACACGUACCCGCAGCGAUUCAAGGUGUUCUACCUCCUCGACAAGCCUCCCCAGGAAUGGACUGGUGGCUCCGGAUUCGUGACCAAGGAGCUCCUGAAGACGGUCCUCCCCGAGCCCAAGGAAGAGAACAUCAAGCUGUUUGUCUGCGGACCUCCGGGCAUGUACAAGGCUGUGAGCGGUGGCAAAAAGAGCCCGCAGGACCAGGGCGACUUGACUGGCAUCUUGAAGGAGCUUGGGUACGACAAGGAGCAGGUGUUUAAGUUUUAA